CUCGCAUUGGGGGGAACUGAUCAAGAAGCGUCUGAGAAUGACGUAGGGCGCCUGAUCGGCUUUGCUUCCCCAAGCUCGCCUGCCACGCAUGGCGGCACGAGCGAAGCGACGUUGGAGCUCGUUCGACAAAACGGCAGUCAGAUCAUCCAAUAAGAAGGGAGCGCGCACUCUGCGUCGCCGAAGAGAUCCCGUCCGAAAGGCCUUCGCGGGGUUCAGUAUGAUCGACAUUAGUUGAUCAAUUAGUCGCACUUUUCAGUCGUCGCCCGUUCCCUCUCUCAAAAUGUGGAGUAGAGCUUCAAACAACGUCGUGCGCAGACUCCUUGCAGACUGCGUCCAUGCUAUGUCCUCAGCUGGUUCAGUGUCGGUCGAUCAACGAGCAAGCGCGUGCCAGACGAACUUAGGAUCUCCAUGGGGUGGAACACUCGAGGCGCUCUUUGCCCUGGAUUGAGACCCUUCCUCCAAGCAUGGCAUCCAAUUCCAGUGCCUCGUCGAGCUCGUUCUCGUCAGCAGCCGAAGGGAUAACCGGGGGAUACACUGGCGACAGCCUCACGAUCAAAGUCAUGAUUGCAUUCUUCCUCGGUCUAUCGCUGUACAACGCUCUCGAGCUGCAGGUUCUCAUAUUCGGUACCUUCAAAAGGUUCAGGGGUCUGUACUUCUGGAGCCUACUCAUUUCCAGCAUCGGCAUUAUACCUUAUUCGAUAGGCUUCAUCUUCAAAUACUUUUCGAUCCUCACACAUCAAAAAUGGUUCUCCCUGCUGCUCCUGAGCAUCGGCUGGUAUCCCAUGAUUACAGGGCAAGCCGUUGUCCUGUAUUCGAGGCUCCACCUCUUGUUGACAGGCGACAGAAGAGACAAUAUUCUCAGGUGGACGAAGUGGAUGAUCAUCAUCAAUGCGAUUGUUCUGCAUAUCCCGACGACAGUCUUGACCAUCGGAUCAAACACCGACACGCAUACCCAGGCCUUUGUGGAUGGGUACAAUGUCAUGGAGAAGGUCCAGAUGUGUGGCUUCUUUCUCCAGGAAGUCAUUCUGUCCUCGAUCUAUAUCAUCGAAGCCAUCCGCAUCCUUCGCUCGUCGGUGCAACCGAAUACCAAGAGACUCAUGUACCAACUGUUGGCGAUCAACGUCUUGAUUAUCACCCUAGAUCUAGGCCUGCUGGGUCUGGAAUGCGCCUCGCUCUACAUCCUUGAAACAAUCACUAAGCCUGCCUUCUAUUCGAUCAAGCUGAAGCUCGAAUUUGCCAUUCUCGGAAAGCUGGUCGACUUUGUGGGGGGAAGAAACUCAUCGCUGCCAUUCGCACAAGACGAGAAGCGGAGCUCUUCUGCUCUGAAUGGAGGGGCCGAUAUAUCCGAAUUUGUCGAUCUAACAAAAGUCUGCACUGAUGUGACAAGAACUUCUCAGCGACGGCGACCCAAGACGGGAAGUAGGGCAGACGCUCAGGACCCAGACCUCGACUUGGAGAUUGCAAGACUGGAACACGUGGAAACACUUCCGUCCGAGGCAAGGAGACCCAAUGGAGAGUUUGCGUCCCCAAGGUGAUGGAAGAUCGAGCUCCAAAUUUUGCAUCAACACGCGUCUAUCAAGACUGCGAUGUGGUCGCGUAUCACCCAUGGACAGGCUGAAGCUCGCUAUUACGCUUCUCGAGCGAAGGCAGUGAUAUACGGGCGGGUAGAGAUGUGUGCUGCUUCAUCCGAGUUUACAAGCCCUCGAUGAGAAGCGGCACUCGUGUUUGAGGUGGUGGCUAGGCUAUGUCUGCCACCCGUGGCCGCCGCUCAAGUUCUUUACUCGGCCUGCCAUUGUUACUUGACUGCUCUACAUCUGGGCGCAGGGACUGGGCCGAGAUCAAGUGAGGAUCUACUGUUAAGACCCUAGAGGGCGGGGGCGCUCAUCAUGAAAAAGUGGUCAUCAGCUAGGCUCAAUUGCUGCAUGGCUUCCACAGCUAGGGUUGUGGGGUCUUUCAAGGGAACUGGGAGCAGCUACCGCGACGUGCAAUCUGAUUUCUCGUCCGGAUGCUCUUGUGCCAGAUACAGAACCGCGAGCAAGCCACGCUCAGGCCUUACUCGCCCUCCUUUUCAUGAGGUAGUCCCUCACGGAGGCUAUGCUUCCCCUUCGACUGGUCUCGCCACUUGAUGGCAUCAGACUGGCCAGACUUUGUCUCCGCUGGUUCAUACUUGCGACACUCUGGCGUCGCAUGUUCUCGUUAUUCGAUCGCGCUUCUUGAUCUUCCAAGUUGGUGUUCGUGCAUACGUUCGCAGCUCCACCUGUUUCGGACUCAGCACAUUUUUGGGACGGCCACAACCAACGUCCACCUGUGAUUUUCCGAGAAAAUGGGGAUGCGACACCUGUCACGUACCUCGUCCUGUGUGAUAUCCACCUUCCACAAGCACAAUCCCGGGCGCCUGCCUGUCCCAUAACAGCCGUACCAUCUCCUCAUCGGCCUCGGGUGUGUCUUUGCAUUUAUUUGCCGCGGACGCGUUUCCCCAUCCACCGAUUCCCGUAGAGAAACGUCUCCCUGCGGGGAAUCCUGCGGGAGCAGUGGCGGUCGACGGCGAUUGCGAGUCGGCGAUCCACGAGGGACGGCGGGUUGCUGUGGUUGUCGAGUGGACGAUGUUGCC